GGCUCGAACGAACUGUCAGUUGUCAGUUGGCGGCCAGUAUUCGCGGGGAGAGGCUGGCAGUGUGUGUGCGCAACGCAGCGCAACGCAGCGCAAGGCUAGCGGUAGAGCCCGCAAGGCAUCGUCCGUGUCGUGGUCCCGGCCAGCACCGGCCAGGCGAGGCGAGGCAGUGCUAGUCCGAGCCGAGCGACCCUCGCGCAUCGCGCACCAGUGCGUCAAGUGUGCACCGCGACAGGAGACGCCGCCCCGUCACGCCAGUGGGAUACCUAGUGACCGGCCCGGCUGUCUCCGCUGUCUCGCGUUGCUGUUGUGCAUUCGGCCCGAUUGAUUGCGGCUCCCUUCGCGUGUGCGCCGAGCGGCUGCGUCGGUGCGGGAUGGAGUCGCUGAGCGGCAAGCCUCAGCAGAGGCUGUCCGUGCUGAGCUUCGAGCAGGUGCAGCGCCUGAGCGACAUGAUGGACGAGGUGGUGUCGAUCCACGGCCGCGGCAACUUCCCCACGCUCGAGGUGCGGCUGCGUGACCUGGUGGCCGUGGUGCGCUCCAAGCUGGAGGCGGACAUGCCGGUGCGCGACAUCCGCCUCAACGGCGGCGGCGCCAGCCACGUCCUGGCCUCGGACCCGCAGCCCUACAACGACCUGGACCUCAUCUUCGGCGUGGAGCUCUCGGCGCCGCGGAACUUCGAGCGCGUCAAGGCGGCCGUGCUGGGCUCGCUCAUGGACCUGCUGCCCGAGGGCGUGAGCAGGAAGCGCAUCACCACCUGCUCGCUCAAGGAGGCGUACGUCAGCAAGAUGGUCAAGGUGAACCACGACGGCGACCGCUGGUCGCUCAUCUCCCUGGGCAACUCGCGCGGCCACAAGAACGUGGAGCUCAAGUUCGUCGACACCAUGAGGCGCCCCUUCGAGUUCUCGGUGGACUCGUUCCAGAUCGUGCUGGACUCGUUGCUGCUGUUCUACGAAUGCUCCGACCUGCCCAUCAGCGAGAACUUCUACCCGACCGUGGUGGGCGAGAGCGUGUACGGCGACUUCCAGGAGGCCCUGUACCACCUGCAGAAGAAGCUGAUUGCGACGCGCUGCCCGGAGGAGAUCCGCGGCGGCGGUCUGCUCAAGUACUGCAACCUCCUGGUGCGGAACUACCGGCCCGCCCGCUCCGACAUGAAGGCCCUGGAGCGCUACAUGUGCUCGCGCUUCUUCAUCGACUUCCCGGACAUCGGGCAGCAGCGCGCCAAGCUGCAGAGCUACCUCACGAACCACUUCGUGGGGCGCGCGGAGGAGGCGCUGCGCUACCGCUACCUGCUGCUGCUGCGGCGCGUGGUGGAGCAGAGCACGGUGUGCUUGAUGGGCCACGAGCGCCGGCAGACGCUGCAGCUCAUCGAGCAGCUGGCGGGGCUGGUGCUGAGCCAGGAGCAGGCGCUGCAGGGCCGCAUGCAGGGCCUGCAGGGCGGCCCCCAGGCGCAAGGCCCCACCGCCCUGGUGUACACCCAGCACGGCUACUUCUACGCCCCCGUCAUCCCCAGCUACACGGCGUGCUCGUGCUCGUGCAACGCCCCGGCCGGCUGGAUGGCCGCGUGCUCGUCGUGAUCUAACUCCGUCUCUCUCUCUCUCUCAUAUCCGGAACACAAUUUUUUUCUCACUCUAUUUCCCUCCCCUAUUUCGGGCCGGGCAUCCCGAUCUCACCGGCCACAAAGUCUAUCGUACCUGGCGAAUCUUAGGUUAAGUCUUGACUGUAAAGUAAAUCAUCACUGAAAAAGUGACUCUUUUUUUUUUAAUUUGUUUCAAAUAGCGCGCUGGCUGAUAGCCGCUUAGGUUGCUGGCAAAAGUCCCAUUCCAAAAUAAAAAUGAUGUGAAAAGGUGACAACUGUAUCAAAAUGAGUGAUGGAUUUAGAUUAAGGCGAAAGUUAGUGGCUCAAGACUGGGACCUAUUUAUCUUAAUUUAUAGUAGUUAGAGGUUUUGUUUAUUGAAAGCUGAGCCCUGAAGCACCAUAUGAUACAGGGUGACACAAUACAUGGCCAUGUUUGUUCGUGAUAUAGUGACGCGUGCGCUGCGCAAGAGGGAGGGUGGCCGGGACCUUCUAGUCAGUCGGGCUGCUUAUAGCCAAGAGUCUUGCAAAGAUUUGCAUUUUCUUAAUCUUGAGUUUUAUUUCUUGUGUGUUAAUUUUUUUCUUUUUUUUUGUCGUUUUGGUGUAUAUCCUCUUAAGUGCACUCUGUUGCACAUUGAUAACAAAUGAGGUACCUUUUUUGCAGUAAUUAUGUUUUAUUGUAAUUUUGGUGUAAAAGCCAUUGUAAUUUUUAACGCAUAUGUUGCAUUAUUUUAUGUGUUGGUUGGACUGACACGUGUUGCCCGCGGCGCCUCCUGACCCAGCCUCGCGCAGUGCAUGGGCCCAUUGCACUCGUUGCUAUACUUUAAAAUGUAUAAAAUGAAUAAAAAUAUAAAAAUGUUCCUUAUUAGCGUGUUAUGUGCAGGGGUCCAAGUGUGGCUCACAAGAGCAUUAUUGUGACGAUGAGCAAAUGUGUUAAUACUGGAGUUUUAAUACUUACUUUGUUCUUUGGUCACACUACUGGGCCUGACCGAUAUGAUAUAUGUAAAUGUUAUAAGUGAGAACCGUGAAUUUUUUUUUUUAAAUCACGAGUGGAUAAGUAUAAAGACCUUUGUUGCAGGCAUACUUGCAAUGCAAUGCACAUGGGACAGUGAUUUUCUACGUUUUAGGUAGAUGAUGUAUUUCUCGUUAAUUAUUAUUAACUAAUGAAGGUGGCACUUCGUCGCAUAGUCAUUAAAAACUCUUUGCAUUUUCUUGGCAUUAAUUCGUAGCGUUUCGCUGCCAGUUUAUUCCCUAAAGUAAACAAAAUCUGAGAAAGAUGAUGUACUGUGUCUUGUAGGCGACGCUUGCAGCAGUAGCUCAUAGCGGGCCUCAAAUUUUACUCAAUAAGUUUGUAGAGAACUUUCUCUUUCUGUAAUUUUAUUUACGUGCCAAAAAAAGUGAAUAUUGUGAUUGUACGGUGGCGGCUGUGCCGGGGCGCGGUUGUUUCGAUUCGAUGUACAAUUAUCAUGUACACUAUGUAUGAUUGACUUUUGUAAAUUGUAAUAAGUCAAUGUGGUUUCUCUUUUUCUAAUUAUUGUGUAGUAAUCAUUUGUGGCGCUGCCCGCUGUGGCGCGGCCCUGUGCUGUCGGGCAGCAAUUGUCCUGUAUCUCAGACUUGUAAUAUAAUUGUACUUACGCCCAGAGCAGGUUGUGCUGUGACUAUAGGCUGCAAACCGCCGCCCCUGGUUGUGAUUGUCAAAUAAAAAUUUACUGAAAUUUAUUUUUGACUUUAAAAAAUGAUAUCUGAAAACCAAAUAAAAAUUGUAAAUAAAUGCUGA